GGUUCUACAUAUCAGGAAAGACGGGAAAUGCUGUGUGAAAAUAGCAAUCCAAAAGUUCUUAGUAAACUGCAGCCAGAGAGACUCAGACUAGGAUGGAGAGAGAAGUCUUUGAGAUGCUUCCAAAUAAUUGUUCCCACCUGAACUUGGAAGAGGAGCCUUUCCUGACCUGCAACAACACCUUCAACCAAAGUCUGAAUCCCCCCAAGAUGGAGAACUGGUUCCACCCGGGAAUCAUCUAUGUCAUCCCUGCAGUUUAUGGGGUUAUCAUCGUGAUAGGCCUCAUCGGCAACAUCACCCUGAUCAAGAUUUUCUGUACAGUCAAGUCCAUGAGAAACGUGCCAAACUUGUUCAUCUCUAGCCUGGCUUUGGGAGAUCUGCUGCUCCUGGUAACGUGUGCCCCUGUGGAUGCCAGCAAGUACCUGGCUGACAGGUGGCUCUUUGGCAGGGUUGGCUGUAAACUGAUCCCCUUUAUACAACUUACUUCAGUGGGGGUGUCUGUCUUCACACUUACGGCACUGUCAGCAGACAGGUACAAAGCCAUUGUCCGGCCAAUGGAUAUCCAGGCAUCACAUGCCCUGAUGAAGAUCUGCCUGAAAGCUGCCUUGAUCUGGAUUGUCUCUAUGCUGCUGGCCAUCCCAGAGGCUGUGUUUUCUGACCUCCAUCCCUUCCACGUGAAAGAUACCAACCAAACCUUCAUUAGUUGUGCCCCCUACCCACACUCUAAUGAGCUACAUCCCAAAAUUCACUCUAUGGCUUCCUUUCUGGUUUUCUACAUUAUUCCACUGUCAAUCAUCUCUGUCUACUACUACUUCAUUGCCCGGAAUCUGAUUCAGAGUGCCUACAAUCUUCCUGUGGAAGGCAAUAUACAUGUCAAGAAGCAGAUCGAAUCCCGGAAGCGGCUUGCCAAGACAGUACUGGUGUUCGUAGGCCUCUUUGCCUUCUGCUGGCUCCCCAACCAUGUCAUUUACCUGUACCGCUCCUACCACUACUCUGAGGUGGACACCUCCAUGCUCCACUUUGUCACUAGCAUCUGCGCCCGCCUCCUGGCCUUCACCAACUCCUGUGUGAACCCCUUUGCUCUGUAUCUGCUGAGCAAGAGCUUCAGGAAGCAGUUCAACACUCAGCUCCUCUGCUGCCAGCCUGGCCUGAUGAACCGGUCCCACAGCACAGGCAGAAGUACCACCUGCAUGACCUCUUUCAAGAGCACCAACCCCUCGGCCACCUUCAGUCUCAUCAACGGGAAUAUCUGUCAUGAGGGCUACAUCUAGGCCAACCUUCCUCCUAUGGAACUCCAGGUUUUGUUGUAUGGAUGUCCAGGAACCCUAGAAGGGAUUAUUGUCUGUACAUCCUGAAGACCCUUCAGGAGGCUGAGUGCUGUAGAUGGAUGUAAGAAAUGUCCAAAUAAAACAAUCAUUAUUAUAUCUCAAAGUAAGCCAGCAGGCUUCAUUUUCCAUCUCAACUUGUGAGGGCUUCUGAUGGAGAUCGAAUCUUCCUGUAAGAAACAAGGAACAAAUUGGAAAUUAUUAUUCAAAGCACCAAGCUCUGCUAUGCCAGUAUGGUCAAUUAAGUCCUAGAAAUUAUAUGAACAAAGAGAGCAGAGAAACCAUGCUCUGUGAAUGAUAUUCUUUAAACAGAAGCUGAUUGCUUUCAAAACAUGGCCUGACUCUUUUUCCCAGAAAUAUCUAUAAUAUGUAAACCAAGGGACAACUUUAAUUUACAUUCCUAAAAUGAAAAGGCAAGUCUAAGAAAGAAUCUCAUGUGUGAGGAAUAGACUUCAUUUAUAACAUUAGAAGCCAGUGUAAUAUAAAACAAACCUCUAAAUAUUGACUUUUUCAAAGAUGUUGCUGAGGACACAGGAGAAACACUCAAUAUAAAAUGUUAAAACAAAAUACAACCAAACACAUAGAUCUAUCUGUGGCUAAAGAGCUUAUGCUCUGACUUCUCAUUUCAAAGAAGUUCUCAUUCUUGUUAACCCAAUUUUGACCAUUACAGUGUCAUUCUACCGUAGAAGAGAAAUCCUUUUGUGGGAAAAAAAAUGCUCAUUUUAUCAAAGUAACAACUAAGUAGUUGUUAUAAAUGUAUAAAGAAUGACAUUUUUUCUUGGUAUACAUGUUUUGAAUUAAUUUUAUUUUCUUAGGUUUAACUGCCCUUGCUGUGAUAAAGCAGUAGUUUCAAUACAAGAAAGGUGGUCUCUAUGAAGAAAUAAAAUCAUGUUUCUAUUGAAUGUAUAGUUCCCCUAAAGUUACGUUUAGAAAAUUGAUAUAAUUUUAGUAUCAUGAUCAUGUGUCUGAACACGUGUUAAAAAAGCCCCAGAUACCUUAAAUUUUUGAACUGACCAAAAUGAGAACAUUUUUAUUCUUACUUAAAAAGGUGUGUGAAAUAGCCCACAUGCAGAAAGACUGGACUGACAGUUCCAUUUCUUUAUAAAUUCAUAGAAAUGGGUCUGUAGUAAAGUUUGUACUAUCUUAUUUAAAAAAUCCUGCUUUGACUCUUUCUGAACUUAAAGAUGGGCCAUGUCUAACAGGCUGUGAAUCCAAGUUGUCUACGUGUUUUCCCUUAAACCCGGAGGCAAAUUCAGUUCAGUCUUUCUCUAUCUGCAUGAGAUACAAACAGCAAGCACAUGGAAGAAAGCUUUUUGUUGCUUGAUGUGGGGAAGUACUGGCUAGCUGUGGGGUUUUAGGCAUUAGGACCAAGACAGUGUGCUUUUAAGGCUGUACCACCUGGAAUAAAACCUCUUCCCUCCUGCUUUUAUGUACUAGAAACACCAGUUUUCCUCAUACUCCCUAAUUACAUUGCACUUUUUGAAAAGUAAAACAGACAGUGGAGGUGAAAGAACCAAGAUGUCUUGAUAUCUCAAUCCUACCUCUAGCUGUAUGACUUUAGGCAUCUUUAGGCUCCUUUUUCAUGUUUAGAAUGAGAACACAGAGCUAAGUCCCUUCUAUUACUAAGGUUCUCUGAGGGUCUCCAUCUCCUCCAGUUCUGUCUUGAGAGCAUGCAUGUGGCCCACCUCCUUACAGUUACUAUAUUUCUGCUUCUCUUACAACCAUAAGGUUUGGAGAUUCCCUCAAGGCCCCUUCCAUGCUCCUGUGCACACAGAAGAAUUAAAGAAGCUAGGUUGUUCUGUUACCCAGAUACUCUUUGGCAUCAUUCCCAUUAAUAACGUUCCAUGAGCUUGCAGUGUUUUAGAAUUAGAGCUGAAAGACAGAUAAGAAAAUAUGUGGCUCAGUUUUCUACUAUUCAAAGGGCAUGUUUGCUCUUCCCUCUUGUUCACUUUCAUCUGCCUGUUCUCUUGAAAUACUGUGUCACAACUUUGCUCUUUUGCCUCAAACUUUUAACCCUUGAACACAAAUGGCUCCAUGCCUAGAUAGUUGCUAACAUCAAUACCAUUCCGGAUAUCUAGAAUUCAGGCAUAUGGAAUUUAGGGCACAGAUGGUGUGUCUCCUUAUUAGCUACUAGACAAACACUGAGAAGAUCAAGGUCUGGGUAUUGCUGUGUGUCCUAAGGCAAAUCUUGUUACUUCCUUGUGACUUGCAAAUGAAAGAGUUGGAGGGAGUUUUUGUCAGCCAGUGAGCUGACAAACAUACUGAUAAAACAUACAGUGAAUUAAAUAAUGGGCUGAAGCUAGACCUUAUUAGGAAAAACUUAAUUGACCCAUCUCUUCUCUAAGGAAAUAGAAUUUUUCUUUUAAAAUCAAGACCCUAAAAUCAUAAGAGAAACCUGAGACCCAUGUGGUGUCCCUUCUAUACCAGGGCGAAAAAUACAGGGCUGGAUCCGAGACAUUUCAUGCCUGGCUUCCAAAGAUAAUCACGUUUAGCACUUAUGUCUUUGGCGAAGGAAAAAAAAUCAAUUUUUGCUGUGGAAAACCAUCUGUGUUUAUUCAAUUGACAGAUACUAGCUUUCAAUCUAUCUUAAAUUGAGCUUCCCUGAGGCAGGCAGCUCAACGGUGAUAGAUUAAGCAAUAAACAAAGCAGUCUCCCCACCAAGAACUGAGGCUGGCAGGGAAGGUCCAGCUGCCAUUGGGAGUGAUAUUCUACAGCAAGAUGAUUUUCCCUGCUUAGUGCAGACAAGGCUCCUCCUUGCUGAUGAUUUUAUGAUUCCCCAUAAACUUAGAUAGCUCAACGCAGUUCUUCUGGCUGCUCUCACCUCCCCCACUCAAUCUAGCUUUCUGCCUCAUUAUCAAGGCUUCUUUGCACCACUAAUAAUUUGGUUCUUCAGCUGAGAGGAUGGAGAGUCUGUAGGGAAAUGAUUCAGAAGCUUCUACAGACCAAGCAACCUCGUCUUGUUAUAAAAAUACACACUGAACAGACGUAAAUGAGCUUGACAAUAGGACACGGGAGAACUUGGGUUAUAAAGUGCUUGCUUCCGCCAAGAGUCACAGUUGGUUAUUGGCUUCCUAGUCCCAUCAUAUGUCAGAUGGCUUCUAGUAAAAAGGAUUAUCUUUGUUUGGAGAAUGACGUGUUGAAUGGCACCCUCAUCUGUGGGCUAAAAGCUGGCUAAGUCACUUUCCCCAGAAGCCAGAUAGAAACAGUUGACUGUAUGAGGAUUGAAUGAACAGUGUGCCUUAAAUCAUGGUAAUUAGGGAGAGAUGCACUUUCUCGCCAUCCUCUCUUUUCCCAUUUGUACUUGGAGGGAGCUGUUAUGAGAGAAUGGGUUGGAAUUAGCUCUGGCGUUCUGGAAGGAACAGAGCAUAUUUCACAAAAUUCAUCUAACUAUGGCCACAUUUUCAUGGAAUGAACCAACAGCUGCAAGGAAGUAAGAACUCUUCACUUUUAUGGGACCAAUCUCUCUUGAACACUAACUCUCACCCUCUCCCAUUAUGUCCUUCACUCUCUGUCUUUCUAUGCAUGCAUACACACACACACACACACACACACACGCUAUUCAACGUAACAUACCACCUCAAGUUGUUCUUCCUUCAGUGUCUGCUAUCCCUCCUAGGCACAUCUUUACCACAGCACACAGAUACAACAACUUUAACAGUGUUCCAUUCUGAGGGUCAGUGAGAUAGCUCACCCUGUAAAGGCUCUUACCACCAAGCCAGACAAGCUGAGUUCCACCCAGAGAACCCACGUAGUAGAAAGGGAAAACUAACUCCUCAAGUGGUCUUCUGAUCGCCACACAUGCACCAUGGCACAUGCAGGCCCCACACAUAACCACCCCUGACACACACACAAAGGUAAUAGAAAGAAGUUUUAAAAUAGUAUCAUUUGGGCCUUCAAAGACAUUUCCUUGUAAGAGAAAGGAGGAUCAAGUAUAUGCCCCAGGGGAAUAUAUUUCUAGAGUGGUCAACAAAAAGCACACGAAGAACAAACUUUCCUCUUACAAAACCUUAUAUUAGAAAUACACUCAAUGGAUUUUAACUAUUUUUUUAAGUUUUAAGGCAGCACAUGUAUUCAAUUUAGGAACUUUGGGUUAGACUAUUAUGGUCCAUGAUUAAUUCUAAAGAAUAGUGCAUUUACCUCAUGUUCAUAGUCUAUAAAGUAUUCUUACACUCAUUACCUUAUUAAAGUGAAGCUUUUCCUACUGGCCAAAGAGCUCAUUUACAUUCUUUACUGUGGGAAUUUAGAGGUAUUAAAUUCACCUGCUUGAGACCAUCUAGUACUGAAUUAAAAUGUCCAUGGAACCAUGGGAAUGAAACAUGAGCUAUCAAAAUCAGACCACAUUUGACCUACAAUAAAGCUGUUUCAUCUACAUUGCAAUUUAAUCUGAUUUCAUUUUGCUCUGAUCUGAGUUAACCAUGCUUUACUCUUGUGACUCAUUCUGUAAAAAAAUGACAAUCAUUGCUUCCUUGGUUUCCAGGACAUUUUGGUACCCCUAGACAGAGCCUGUUUACCCUGGUACAAACAAGUUAGUAAGGUUAUUAUUGGUAGAAUAGAAGUGGGAAUAAAUUCCCAUGUUAUAAGCAAGUGAAAGGCAGAGACACAGGGCAAGAUGCUAGGGGAAACACAAUGCCCAUGAAAUUUGUAACAUUUAACAAAAACCUGAAUGGAGUCCUAUGGCCUUGAAUGUGCUCAAAGGCAAGAAACAUAAUGUCAUCAAGUAUUCAUAUGUGAACUGCUGUCUUACACAGAUGAAGCCAUGACUCAAGACCAUUACUUAGUAAUACUAAGGUUGCAUGGAAGAGUCCAGUGGCAGAAUAUACUCAUAGACCAGAACUUUUCUUGAUUCCAUACCUCCACCCAGAAUUACUUCCCAAAUCCAGGUUGUGUGAGAAAUGACGCACAUAGGACUUAAUACAAAACCACGUUGCUACUCUAGAUGGUGUCCAAAGGCCUGGCUUAGUGAUAGAAUUAAAGGGGAUCAAAACACACAGGUUAAAGGGCUCAUUGAAGGCUAAGGCUGGGAUGCAGUACAAACUGGUGGAGCAGGGAAAUCCCUUAGCUUACAGUCUCAUCCCAACCCAGAGACAUACUUCAGUUGUAAGCACCAACUAAGUCACAUGGUUGUAAUCCUAGCACUCAAGAGGCUGAAGCACAAGAAUUGCUGCAAGUCCUAGGCCAGCCAGAGAUACACGGUGAGACUGUCUCAAAACAACAACAAAAGCAACCAAAACUACAACUCAAAAACAAAUAACUCAGCAAUGGGCAAUGUCAAAGAAGAGGACCCAAGUACUAACAAUCAAACCUUUUUUGAAUCAGGAUCCAUUGGAGAAAAGGUAUCAGAAAAGAGGCAGGGCUGCUCAUACAACCCUCUCUUCCUCACUAAAUGAAAAAGAUAAGGCAAUGGAUGGUUUCUGGGAGCCUGGGGAUGUAGGCUACAUGAAUGGCCUCUAAUAGAAAAGUACUUCAUGGACUGUUUGUCAGGAACUCAAAUAAUGAAUCAAUAGUUGGGAUGCCUAGCUCUGAUCGCACUGUCUCUCUGUUCUCUCUGAGCUCACACAUUUCUAGGAAAUAAGAUUUAUAUUUGUCCCGAAUUCAAAAUUCACUCCCAGAGUAAUAAAACAUGGAGAGACAUUCAUAACUUCAUGGUUUCUUAAGAUAAUCAUUUUAAUGGACAAUAAAACUUCAUACAUUCAAGACUUCAUUAACUCUCAGACAAGCUUGAUUUUUUUCAGUCUAAGUCAGGACCUCAAUAUUUAAGGCACACUGUAUAAUUCAAAGUUUCCUUUGUGUUGCUCCUAGCUAUUGAUAUGCUUACGAUAGUGAAAAAGUAAAACUGCUUUCACUAAAAAAAUAUUUUGUUCCGUAAGCUGUGCUUUUACUGAGUUGUACAUGACCUUUCUUGCACUCAAGACAACAGGGUUUGAGAUGAUACAGUCCAGUGAGCUGUGAAAGCAUAUGGUGCAAGCUUCUUUAGUGUUAUUUUAUGUUUUGUUUUAAAUUCUAGGCACAUGUUUUGUAAAUUAUAUUUGCACAUGCUAACAUUAACAUAAAUAUUUAUUGCUCUGAAAAAUAUACUCUGUGUUAAAUAACUCAGAAUGAGUUCCAGGUGUGGAACUUAGCGUAAAUAAUGUCAUAGUUUAGUUUUGUCAAGACUCCUUGGAUUAAUGAAUUAUGUAGAAAAAAAUUCACAAUAUGAACGUGACUGACUCAGCUCUUUUUAACAUUGUCACGUGUGUAACUGUAUGGUCUAGUGAAACUCUCUCCGUGGAAAGUGUGCUCUGCAACUGAAUUUGGAUUAUUCCAGAAAUGCUUCCAAUGACAGUAUCCCAUUUUGUGUGCAGCUACAUGACAGUAGCUUGACUCCAGUGCAGAAAGCUGAGUGUUCAAAGUGGUAGAAGAUAAGUAGUUGUUCUUAUUUUGUGACACAAUAAAACAUAAUUUAUGAACUGGACAGAUGCAUGUAUCCAAUGUUCAAUAAAAAUAGUUGUUGCAUG